GUCUAGCAGCCAAAGGCAUCGUAGUCCUAUUAGCAACCAAUGAUAGUUGUUGCAUAUUUCAAUCACCCCUCUUUCUAAAUGUCUGCUGGAUAAUUCCUUCUCUGCCCAUUUUAGAACGGCGUUUUACUGCAAAUAGAAUUCUGGAAAAUACAGUACAUAGCUGCGGCUAAAAUGUUUAAUAUUUUAUCCAAAAUAUAAACUAAAUAUUCGGAUCUGUUCCAUCAGCCUUAUUAAUUGAAAUGGCGGGGGAGUGUGUAUACCCUCCACUACACCACUGAACCUAACCAUUACUAAACUUAUAUUCGAUAAUAAGCUUCACGUUUUGGUUGACCAAAUGUGACACUCGUAUUAUCCUCCAUAAAAAAAACAUCCCAAUUCGUGGUCUUAUUUUCGUUAACAGAUUUGUGGCGAAGUAAACCCUCUCGCUUCGCCUCUUCCUCUCUGCCCGAGCCCAUCCUAUAAAUUACUUUGGUAGCUAGUCUCUGGUAUUACUGUUCAGUUGAUCUGUUAAAACAUCCGAGUAGUGAACUCGGAGAUGGCAAGAAUGGAGCUUGCACCGCUCAGACCAUGGGACGACUUCUUCCCAGGAGCUGAUCGUUUUGCUAAACCCGAUUUCGCAGAUUUAGCUAAAUGGAACAACCGGGUGAUCAGCAACUUGUUAUACUAUCAGACCAAUUACUUCGCAGUGGCUGUCGUGGUUUUCCUGGUCGUGGGAUUUCUGAACCCUCUUGGGAUGUUUCUGGGUGGGGCAGUGGUUUCUCUGGUCUUCAUGGUUUCGGUGUGGGCAGGAGAGAACAAGAAUUUCAUCAAGAACUUCAAGAAGAAAAACCCCACCCUGUUUGUCAUUGCUGUCAUGGGAACGAGCUACUUCCUGCUGUCACUAUGUGGUGGAGUGAUGGUCUUCAUCUUUGGAAUUACUUUUCCCUUGUUGUUGAUCCUGGUCCAUGCGUCUCUGAGGCUGCGCAACAUGAAGAACAGGCUGGAGAAUAAGAUCGAGGGAGUGGGCAUGAAGAAGUCCCCAAUGGGCAUCAUCCUGGAUCUACUAGACCAACAGGAGGAGAAGAUCAACAAGAUCCAGGACUUCCUGGAGUCUAAGCUAAACAAGGAGUGAGGGGAGAGAGCCAAAAUGUUACCCUCAUUCAAUUCAACAUGGUUUGCUUUUUCCUUUAACACUAAAGUGUUGAUCUUUACCCCGCAUAAUGUCAGUGCUGUCACAUUUCCUCCAUUUGUCAUUCUCACUCCAUUUUGUUAUAUUGAAUGAACACUUUUUUUUUUUUUAAUACAUUUUGUGUCAAAGUACCUGAUUUCUUUAGAGCAUUUCAGAAAGAUUUGUACAGUCCUGUAUGGAUCGUAUGUUGGGGGAAGGCACUCGGCACAGUGAAAUGAGGCAUGAGUGUUUUUGUAUAUUUGCCCAAUAAUGUUCAAAGGAACACAAUACACAUGUUGUCAUCAUGUAGUUGCAAUAUAUAUAUAUAUAGAGCAGAAUGCAGUAACUAUUACACGUUAAAACAAUUGUGUUCAGUAACAUAUCUUCUAGCUUUAUUAUAUAAAUAAGCAAAUAAUUUAAUCAGAAUCAAUUUAUUUGUGACCUCAGAUAACUAUAUUUCCUCUCCUAAUGCUGAACUAGUGUCACUGGGCUCCCCUUCUAUUCACUGGACCAGUGACUGCAUAUUAACAAGUAGCAAUAAUAUCCCUCUUGUUACUUCAGACCCUGUGGGUUGGGCUUGAGAUGAACAUUUUCAGCUCAUGGCAAUGCAAUCUGGGAAAAGGAAUGGCAAAUGCAGCUUUAUUCAUUCAAGUAAUCAUGGUGUAUAUGUUUACGUUGUGCUUUCAUGUCUCAUUGAAUCUACUUGUGUAUUCAGCAGAAAACAAGUGUUUGCAUUAUAUAAAACAGUGUCAAGCACCAAGUAUUGUUGAAAAAAUAAUCAAUGCAUGUUACCUCUGUACUAUUAAAUAUCACACCCAUUAUGAAUGCCUGAUUGUGCAUUGGGGUUCUGAUUAUCUCCCCUCAGUAGCAGAUGAUCUGAGAUUUUAUUCUAAAUCCACCAUAAUAGCCUAUCCAAUUCCAGGGAUGAAAAUGAUUUUAUGAGCUAUUUGUGUUUAGGACUGACACAGAUGCAGUCUUCCAAAGAACUAAGGAGAAUCACAGUUUGUAUCGGAUAUAGCCAAAUUGCUUUUAGGAAAAAGGUGUGCACACUAAUCCUAUGGUUAGUUUCACAGACGAGUUCAGAGAAGGUUCUAUUAGGAUGUUAUAACUGCUUCUUCUUUGUAAGUAUUUCCAUUGAUGAGUAGCGAUAACAUAACUACACAAUUGGAAGCAGAGCACUGUGUUCCACCAUAACAAAACUUAAUUUAAGGAAUCCAUAUUGUCUUUUAACUAUGUUAAUUAAUGAAAAAAACAUUGAAAUAUUAGACAUUUUGAUUGUACACUGAUUUUUAAUGUCAACACUUGUUAGAAUUAUGAGUUAAGAUGGACUGUUCCGUGAAACAGAAGUCUGAUUUGAAAUCAAGCUUCUGGACGACUGGCCCACAGUGUUUUACACAGUAAAAGACUAAUCCUAUACUCUAUAUUCUGGGGUUCAGCUGUUUGCAAUUGCAAAGCGGACACCAGUGGUUUUGAAAAUCUGUAGAUGAAAGACCUGUCAUCAAUAGAUGAUGGAUUUGCCCACACUCAUUUGAGAGUGUUCAAAGUAAAUGAAUUUUUACCCAAACAAACAUAAUUAUUAAUUGAGACUACUUAUACUAUGCACAUUGUAUGGUGCAUUUUCCAGCUGUAGACUCAUAUCCAAAUACCAUACCAGUUCUUCCAAACCUCAAGGAACAAAACGUGCUCUACCUGAACAGGAGUAGUGAGGCAAACUAGUGUUACAAGUGCAAGCAGAUUAUUGUUAAUGAAUAGAUUAAACAUGUUAAACAAACGCAGAAAUAAAGGUAUUGUAGAUUCCUCAGAGAUUGAAGAGACUGGUUUCUCUUGAUUCCAAUUCUUUGGGGAGUGGCACCUGUAGGAGUAAUACAUUACACAAACAGCUGUGAGAAAGAUGUGAUUGGAGGAGUGGAUGAUGCACACAGGUAUAAGGGAUGGAUGGAAAUGUACAGAAUAGCUACCUGGAGGGAAAUGGGGGAGGGUCCUCCUGCUUUUCAAAUUUUAGUCAAGGGGACUUUAAACUUUUUUUUUUUUUUACAACUAGUCCAGGGGAGAGUUAUGUAAUUUGUAAUUGAUUAAAUGCAUAGAUUUAUCAGUGUUUUAGAAUUAGUUGCUUAUUAGACUAUAUAUUGAUGUGUUACCGAUGCCGCCCCUCAUCUCUGAUUCUCUGCUGGGCGCGCAAUAUCAAGUGCCCCUAUAGGCUAUUUAGUGCAGUCUCAAUCAAAUGAUCCAUAGCCUAUAGGCUAUUUUGCGGUCUCAAUCAAAUGAUCUAUAGGCUAUUUAGUGCGGUCUCAAUCAAAUGAUCCAUAGCCUAUAGGCUAUUUAGUGUGGUCUCAAUCAAAUGAUCCAUAGCCUAUAGGCUAUUUUGUGCGGUCUCAAUCAAAUGAUCCAUAGCCUAUAGAAGCACAGAGCAAAGCUACAUUCCUAAGAUAGCUGCUGGCGUGGUGUAAAUACAACUAAGCUGCAUUACACACUGCAAUGGAUAUUCCAACCCCGAGCCCCGUCCUGCUCUGCUCUUGCUGAUCAAAAACGUUUUUGUGUGCUAUGUAGGCCUACGGUGGCAGUUCAGAAGGAGAGUCAAAGGCUUCUUCCUAAAAUCAUUUUUGAUUAGAGAUAAUCCCAAAAAUGUUCUUCCUUGUGCGCAAACUUGUUCCCCCUGCUGCGUUGUUCCCCAUGCUACUAUUGGACCAGGUCUCUCUUGGAAAGUGAUGUUAUCUCAAUGAGAAAAACCUGUAUAAAUGAAGGUUAAAUAAAAAAUAAAAAGAC